GUGAGCCCAGUAUUCCAGUGAGCUGGUGAUGGAACACGCUCACUGCUAGAUCUCCUAGGACAAGGACCGGCUUUGUGCCUGGAGAGCUGUAGCUGAAUUCUUCCCCAUUUCUCUUUACAAGCCACAGAUGAGUAGCCACUAAGGCCGGAUUCAGCAUGGAGAGCCCAAUGCCCCCGGACAGUCCGCUGCCCCCCGACUCCUCGCUGCCUUUCUAUGACCCGUCUCAUGCCCUGCACUUGCUGCGGGGGAUCAGUGAGCUGCGGGCUGAGCAGAAGUUCUUUGACAUGACGGUGAGUGCGGGCGGCCAGGACUUUCCGUGUCACCGUACUGUGCUGGCAGCUGCCUCACUCUACUUCCGUGCCAUGUUCGCUGGCCGCCUCCGGGAGAGCCAGGCCCGGCGGGUGGAGCUGCACCAGGUCACGGGGCCCACGCUGGGCUUGCUGCUCGACUUCUGCUACACGGGCCGAGUCACAGUCACACAGGACAACGUGGAGCUGCUGCUGCAGGCCGCUGACCUCUUCCAGUUCCCGUCUGUUAAGGAGGCAUGCUGCCAGUACCUGGAGCGCCAGCUGGAUGUCACCAACUGCCUGGAGAUCCAGGAGUUUGCCGAGGCCUACUCGUGUCGGGGCCUGGCCGAGAGCACCAAACGCUUCAUUCUGGCCCACAUGGUGGCACUAGCUCAAGCCCGUGAGCUGGAGCGCCUUCCCUGGAGUCGGGUGCUGGAGUAUGUGCGCGAUGACCGGCUGUGCGUCGACAAGGAGGAGACUGCCUACCAGCUGGUGCUGAGCUGGGUCCAGGCCGACCUGCCGCACCGCCAGCACCGCCUGCCUGAGCUCUUCCAGCAUGUCCGGCUGCCCUUCAUCCGCCGAUACUACCUGCUGGCCCAGGUGGAGAGUGACCCACUGGUGUACCGGAGCCCGGCCUGCCUACAGCUCAUCGGAGAGGCCCGGGCCUUCCAGUCCUGCGAGUACGACCGUCACGACAGGCCCUGCGAACGCAUGAGGCCCCGGCCCUCCACAGGCCUGGCCGAGAUCCUGGUGGUGAUUGGCGGCUGCGACCAGGACUGCGAUGAGCUGGUUACCGUGGACUGUUACAACCCCCAGACCGGGCAAUGGAGGUACCUGGCUGAAUUCCCCGAGCACCUGGGAGGUGGGUACAGCAUGGCAGCCCUGGGCAACGACAUCUAUGUGACAGGAGGUUCUGAUGGCUCUAGGCUGUAUGAUUGUGUUUGGAGGUACAAUUCCAGUGUGAAUGAAUGGACUGAGGUGUCUCCAAUGCUGAAACCACGGGAAUACCACAGCUCCACUGUGCUAAAAGGCCUGCUGUAUGUUAUUGCUUCGGACAGCACAGAACGAUAUGACCAUAGCAUAGACUCAUGGGAAUCUCUGCGGCCCAUGCUGUACCCAAUGGACAACUGCUCGACCACUUCCUGCAGGGAGAAGCUAUAUGCUAUUGGCUCCUUAGAAGGCAAAGAAAACAUGGUUAUGCAGUGCUAUGAUCCUGAAACUGAUCUAUGGUCCCUCGUCAACUGUGGGCAACUUCCACCUUGGUCAUUCGCACCCAAAACUGUGACACUUAACGGCCUUAUUUAUUUUGUCAGAGAUGAUUCAGCAGAGGUGGAUGUGUAUAGUCCAUUGAAGAACGAGUGGGACAAGAUUCCUCCAAUGAAACAGGUUCAUGUCGGAGGCAGUUUGGCAGCCAUGGAUGGAAAACUUUAUGUAUCAGGCGGUUACGACAACACAUUUGAACUCUCCGACGUGGUGGAAGCAUUUGACCCCGAAACAAGAACAUGGAGCAUUGUGGGCCACCUCCCUCAGCCUACAUUCUGGCACGGCAGCGUUAGCAUAUUCCGGCAAUUCAUGCCUCACACACAGUACAGUUUUGAUGGAGUCACGUUGGACAAUGCCCACCACGAACGACACACAAUCAACCUCAACAGACGACGACAGAACUUGCACAAUCACAACCUGAACGAAUUACACCGGUGAUAGGAAGUCUAAUUAAUGACAAGAGUGUGAGAAGACAUUGCUGCUUAGUAUGAAUAAACUGGUUGGUAUGUGGAAACAGCAGGGAUUAUAAAGCCCUCAUUGUUUAUAAAAUGGCUAGGACCCGUGUUCCUAUUUUAAUGCAAUGUGUACAUCAUACAUAUUUUUCUUCCACAUACCUUAACCAAAAUCUAUGUAGUUGUAUGUUUGUACAGGACUGAUGCUGUUUCUUAAGAGAGAAAUUUUACAGGGCCGUAAGAAAAUAUAUAUAUAUAUUUUUUUUUUUUUCUAGUGAACAUAAAAUAUUUAAAAUGCACUUGAUCACGACUUUCCUCACUGUUCUUUAGUUCAGAUUGAUUUUCAUGCAUGCAUUAGAGAUUGUUACUGUAACCAUGGUGCCUGAUUAUAUACAUUCUGCAUGUUCUGGUAAAUAAUAUGAUUUUAUACACAGUUAUAGUACGGUAUGUAGGAGUUUCUUGAUGUCUUUAAACAUGCUCU